AUGUCGGCGACUCUCACCUCUACGCUUGCGACCACUACCCUUGUCGGCACUCCGUCUGCCAUGGCAAUGACAACCUUUGCCACACUCAGCGAGAAGCACUGCCCGACUUGUGGAAGCGUUAGCGAUUUCUCCGAUCUCGCAGAGGCGCAGCGUCGAAUCCACGAAUUGGAAGAACAAGUCUACUACCUGACAGACCGCGCAGCAGAAACUGCUGGUAAACUCGCCGACUACGAAGACGAAGUGCACCGCCUACGCAGACCGCAAAGCGGCUCAUCACGCCCGACAUCUUCAUCCUCCUCACCAGACAACAAGUCGCAGACAUCCAGUCGCUUCACCACCUUGGCUUCUCUACUUCCGUACCGCCGGGGCAGCGCCACACCAUCAAAUAGCACACCCGCCCCAGACACACCAGCAACACUCCCUCCAAACCUACUACAACUUCAGUCUCAAACAUCUGAAGAAGACGGCGAAACAUCCGAGCUACAAAAUGCACUGACCCGCGAAAAGGACCUCCGCAAGGCUGCCGAAACGCAGCUCUCACAGGCAAGCACAGAACUUGAAGAUCUGACUGUGCAGCUAUUUAGCCAAGCGAACGAGAUGGUCGCAGAAGAGCGCAAGGCACGCGCAAAGUUGGAAGAACGAAUUGCAGUGCUGGAACGCCGGGACACUGAAAAAAGGAAUCGGCUGGAGCGGUUGGAGAAGUCGAUGGCUCGUGUCGAGAAGCUGCGGGCUUUGAUCGAUUCAUGA